AAAUUGCCGCUACAGUCGAGCAACAUCGUCAACACAAACGGCAAGACCAUCGAGGAGACCUACCAGAAGAAGACGCAGCUGGAGCACAUCCUGCUCCGCCCCGACACUUACAUCGGCUCCGUCGAGAAGCACAUCCAGAACCUAUGGGUAUGGGAGGACGGAUCCAUGGUCCACCGACCUGUCUCUUAUGUUCCCGGCCUCUACAAGAUCUUCGAUGAAAUCCUCGUCAACGCGGCCGACAACAAGCAGCGGGACCCCAAGAUGGACUCCUUGAAGGUGGUCAUCGAUCCCGAGCAGAACCUCAUCAGCGUCUACAACAAUGGGGACGGUGUGCCGGUGGAGAUUCAUCAGGAGGAAGGGGUUUAUGUUCCGGAGUUGAUUUUUGGACACCUGUUGACUAGUAGUAACUACGAUGACACUGUGAAGAAGACCACUGGUGGCAGAAAUGGAUACGGUGCCAAGCUCACCAACAUCUUCUCCACCGAGUUUGUGAUCGAGACGGCUGAUGGCAAGCGUAAGAGGAUGUACAAGCAGGUAUUUUGCAAGAACAUGGGAGAGAAGUCUGAACCAACAAUCACAACCUGCAAGGCAUCUGAGAAUUGGACUAAAGUUACGUUUAAGCCUGACCUGUCAAAAUUCAACAUGGACCAUCUUGAGGAUGAUGUUGUUGCUUUGAUGAAGAAACGGGUGAUAGACAUGGCAGGAUGUCUUGGGAAAACAGUGAAGGUGGAGUUAAAUGGGGAGCAGAUCCCCGUUAAAUCCUUCAAAGAUUAUUGUGAGCUUUAUCUACAAUCUUCCAGUGAUGAAAGCCCCAAGAGUGAGUAUGUAAGAGUGAAUGACAGGUGGGAAGUCUGUGUUAGCUUGCGGGAAGGAUUUCAGCAGGUCAGCUUUGUCAACGGGAUUGCAACUAUUAAAGGUGGAACUCACGUGGAUUAUGUUGCAAACCAGAUUGCAAACCAUAUUGCAGCUCUUGUAAACAGGAAAAACAAAAAUGCUAAUGCCAAAGCAAAUUCUGUUAGGAACUAUUUAUGGGUAUUUGUCAAUGCUCUCAUUGAUAAUCCUGCUUUUGAUUCCCAAACCAAAGAAACCUUGACUCUUCGUCAAGGCAGUUUUGGCUCUUCCUGUGAACUCCAAACAGAUUUUCUAAAGAAAGUGGAGAAGAUUGGAAUACUGGAAGCAGUUCAAUCAUGGGCGGAUUUUCAACAAAAGAAAGCAUUGGCUAAAACUGAUGGAAAGAAAACCAAGAGAGUUAUUGUCGAAAAGCUGGACGACGCUAAUGAUGCUGGUGGGAAAGACUCUGAAAAGUGUACCUUGAUUUUGACUGAGGGAGAUUCAGCUAAGAACCUAGCUAUCAAGCAUCAUAUGAAGAUUGAAUUUUGCUACUCUGUUACAGAAGGCAGGUAUNAAGAAAUUAAAGCAAUCAAACAGAUUCUAGGGCUACAGCACAACAAACAAUAUGACAGCGUCAAAACACUGAGAUAUGGUCAUUUAAUGAUAAUGACAGACCAGGACUAUGAUGGUUCUCACAUCAAAGGACUUCUAAUUAAUUUCAUUCAUACAUUCUGGCCAUCGCUCCUAAAAGUCCCUUCCUUCUUAGUGGAGUUCGUUACACCUAUUAUUAAGGCUAAGAAUAAGAACGGGAAGACCCUGUCAUUUUAUUCUAUGCCUGAGUAUGAAUCAUGGAAGAAGAGUUUAGGGGACAAUGCACGAGGUUGGUCUAUUAAGUACUACAAGGGGUUGGGAACAAGCACAUCACAAGAAGGCAAGGAGUACUUCAGUAACCUUGAUAAACACAAGAAAAAUUUCCUUUGGGAAGAUCAACGAGAUGCAGAAGCAAUAGAGCUUGCUUUUAGUAAGAAGAAGAUUGAAGCAAGGAAGAAUUGGCUGAGACAAUUUGAGCCUGGAACUCACCUGGAUCAUAGUGUAAAAAACGUUAGAUAUACUGAUUUUGUGAACAAGGAGCUUAUUCUGUUUUCAAUAUCUGACCUUCAAAGGUCUAUUCCGUCAGUGCUUGAUGGUUUAAAACCUGGUCAAAGGAAGAUCUUGUUCUGUGCUUUUAAGAGAAACUUGAUAACAGAAGCAAAGGUUGCUCAAUUCUCUGGUUAUGUUUCAGAGCACUCUGCUUACCAUCAUGGUGAAGCAAGCUUGCAGGGUACCAUUGUUGGCAUGGCUCAGGAUUACGUUGGUAGCAAUAAUAUUAAUUUUUUCCUUCCAAAUGGUCAAUUUGGCUCAAGAAGUGCGGGUGGCAAGGACCAUGCAAGCCCAAGAUACAUUUACACUCUACUUUCACCUGUGGCAAGAUUUUUGUUUCCCAAAGAGGAUGAUGCCCUUCUUCACUACCUGAAUGAGGAUGGCCAAUCCAUUGAACCCAAAUGGUAUGUGCCUAUCAUUCCUAUGGUACUAGUUAAUGGUUGUGAAGGAAUUGGGACAGGUUGGAGUUCCUACAUCCCCAAUUAUAAUCCAAAGGACAUUAUUGCAAAUGUGAGGCGCCUACUGCUUGAUGAACCAAUGAAGCCUAUGGAUCCAUGGUAUAAAGGUUUUAAAGGAACCAUAGAGAAGCUAGCAAUCAAAGAAGCAGGAAAUACUUACACAGUCACUGGAAUCGUGGAGGAGGUUGAUGAAACAACUCUAAGGAUUACAGAGUUGCCGGUUCGGAGAUGGACUGAUGAUUACAAGCAGUUUCUGUCCUCAAUGAUGGCUUUAAAUGACAAAGUCAAGGAUCCUUUCAUAAAGGAAAUGAGGGAGUACCAUGAUGUGAACACUGUACACUUUGAAAUUGAAUUAUCUGAAGAGAAUAUGAUGUUGGCCAAGGAAGAGGGGUUGAUCAAGAGGUUUAAACUAACUAAUACAAUUAGCACAUGCAAUAUGCACCUUUUUGACCCAAAUGGUGUAAUAAAGAAAUAUGAGACACCAGAGCAGAUUAUUGAGGACUUCUUCAAAGUAAGGAUGGAGUUUUAUGAGAAAAGGAAGAGAUUUCUCUUGGAAAAGUUUGAAACAGAGUUGUUGAAACUUGAUAACAAGGUCAGGUUUAUCCUGGGUGUAGUGAGUGGAGAGAUCAUUGUGAAUAACAGGAAGAGAGCUGAACUGUUUCAAGAGUUGAGGAACAAAGGUUUUACUCCUAUUCCAAAAAACACUACAGCUGUGUCUGGAUCAAGUGAGGUUGCUGAAGAAGAAAGCGAGGAAAGUGGUAGUCAAGUGGCAGCAGGGGUUAAAGCAGGUGACUAUGACUACUUGCUGUCUAUGGCAAUUGGUAGCCUCACUCAUGAGAAGGUCCAAGCGCUGUGUGCGGAGAAGGACAAAAUCAACGAAGAGGUUGUACGGAUAAGGAAUGCUACUCCAAAGUCGCUGUGGAUGGACGAUCUCGCUGCUCUUGAAAAGCAGCUUGAUGAGCAAGACAAGGCUGACAACACCAGGGAGGCAAACAACCAGGAGAGGAAAAAAGUGGCGGGCAGCAAAGCUGCUGAGAGAAAGCCACCUGCUAGAAAACCGCAGGCUAAGAAGGCCGCCAAAGAAGCUGCUGCUGCUGAACCCAUGGAGGUAGAAGAUGGUUCUGCAAUGGGCACAGACAAGGGGGUUACUGAGACUGUGAAACCAAAAGGCAGAAGCGGCGGUUCCAAGAAAGCUGCUGCUAAGAAGGGAAAAGAAUCAUCAUCAUCCCUUGUGCAAAUAGAUGAAGAAGACGAAGAUGAUGAGAUUCUAGAUCUGAAAGACAGGCUUGCAGCUUACAAUCUUGACUCAUCUCCCGAUCUGUCAGAAGCCGGGAAAGCCCAAGUCCCCAAAGUCCAACGGAAAGAACCCAGCAAGAGAUCAAAGAAGCAGCCGCUGCCACCACCCAAAGUUUCUGAGAUCAAUAACCUCAGUGAUCAUGAUGAUGAUGGCCUGGACGACGAAGAAGCAGAGAAACAGAAGAAGGCGGGGAAGAAAGCCACAGCAGCAAAUGCUAAAGCUCCAGCAGCUGCUGCAGCAAAGAAGAGGGGACCGGCUGCAAAAUCGCAGGUGACGGGGCAGAAACUGAUCACGGAGGUUCUGAAGCCUUCUUCGCCUGAAAAAAAGGUGAGGAAGAUGAGGGCAUCUCCGUUCAACAAGAAAAGUGGGUCUGUGCUUGCUGGAGGAGGAGGAAUCACCAGUGUGUAUAAUGAUGAUGAUGAUGAUGAUGAUGAACAGCAGGCGAGUGGCGGCACAGAAGAGGUGACUAACUUUGUGGCGGCUGCAAGGAGGAGCAGCAGGCCUCAGCGUGGAGCUCGCGCGAAGGCAACUUACGUCAUCAGCGAUUCCGAAGACGAUGAUGAAGAAGAUGAGAGUGAUCCUGAAGAGGUCAUUGAAGUGGAUGAUGACUUUGAAGAUGAUGACUGAAUCUGAGAAACUCUCCCUGUUGUUAUUAGCUUUAAUAACAUUCCUUCUUCAGGUGUCAAACUACGUGUUUGUUAAUAGGUGGUAAUGAUGAAGAUCUUCGGAACGAAAAAUAGCAAUGACAGAUUUGCUAUUCUUGUGUGUUCUAUCUUGCCUUAGUUAUGACAUUGAUGGGCUUAGAAUCCUUGGUUAUGACAUGCUACGAACUUAAACAUCGUAGUAGUUAAAGGAAGGGAAAUCAAUCUCACAUUUGAUG